AUGCUUUCCACUUCCGCUCCUGUUUCCCGCCUCGCGUCUCCUUCCCCUACCACCACCACCACCUCCUCCUCCAUCAGCUCCGACGGCUGGACAUUCACGCACGACGACGAGUCGUGCCCCAUCCCCGAAGAGCACAACCUAGAGCUCACCAACACCAAGCCCACCGUCCCCUCCGCCCCCUUCCCACAGCAGAGCCGAUCCGCCCGCGCCCGCCUCUGCCACCUCCACCACCUCUCCGACGCCACCUGCUCGGCCGCAGAAAUUGAGCGGCGCGACUACGCGCUACAGCUCAGCCUGUGGCGCUACCUCAACUCCGUGCCCUGGUCCUCGUACGGCGACGACGACUGGAUCUACCUGCCCCUGCCACUCCACACGCAGUGGCGCCUCGUGAGCAAGACGACAUGGCAGGUCGAAGCCGCAAAGCACCGCUUCUACUGCAAGUGUGGGCUGCCCAACACGCCGCUGCUGGCGAUGAGGCAGGCGGCGUUCUGUGAUGAGGGGGAGGAGGGAGAGGAUGCGGCGGGCGUGUGGCUCCGGGAGCAUUGGGAGCGGGAGCAGCGGUAUAGCAGGCUCUCCGGGGGGAAAUAUACGGGCAUCGAGGCGCCCGUGGAGGAUCCGUUUCCCGAUGGGAGGGGCGUCAGGCCGCGGAUCGGUUGUGCGACGGAGAAGGGGGAGGAGGGCGAGGAGAACCGGGGGCUGAGGGAGGCGUGUUGGCGGCAGGGACGGAGGUUGCCCGGCUUCCUUUUGGGCGAGGAGGCAUAUAACCAGGAUGCGUGGUUGCCGGAGUGCAGGUGGCCUGUUCCUCCGCUGAUGCCUGACGGAAGCUCGUCGGGGGGAACUGAGCUGUGGAGAUCGGUUUCGGGUUCGGAGGACGAGGAGCAGGACUACUUUCGGCCUGUUAUGGUCAACAACCCGCAGUGGCUGGAGUCUGCCUGUCUGCCGGGUGCGGUAGAGCAACAGCCAGGAUCGCCGCUGUUUAGGUGGCCGACGAGGGGGAGCCACGCGGUGCGGAUCGUCAUGCCUGAGAAGUGA